GCGUGUUGUUUUAACACGUUUCCAGCGUGUUUAUGUUGUCGCCAUUUUCGACACGCUUUUUGCCGUGUUGUUCAUGAAAACAACACAUAUUAAUCGUGUUUUAUAAAAACGCAUUUCCGUGUUGUUAAAAAACGGUUUCCCGUGUUGUAAAAAAACGGCUUUCCGUGUUGUUACAACACGUUUUAGGCGUUUUCCUCUUUGUCGCCCGAUUCGACACAUAUCAUGGCGUGUUGCUGUUGUGCAUAUCCGCACACUUGAAAUGCGUUGUUGGCUUGCGAGUAAAUUCACUCGCAAGAAUGGCGAAAAAUACAACAAAAUAUUUUUUUUUUACCGAGAAUUACUGGAUGCGUCUCGUUCGUGAACCUCGGAUAUCAAAGUUCGAAGAUUUGGAAACGAAUUAUUUCUGAGAAAAAUUCGUAUACAUCGAGGGGGGAUUCGAUCGACCUACCUACCUAACACGCUCUAACUUAACGGACGCACGCUACCCACUACACUAAUUCGCUCAUGAGGUAAUGUUGUCAAAAAGUCCGUUAUACGAAACGCAAACAUUGUUUACGUUUGUAAGUGUGAGCUAACCUCGUCUUCGUCCUUUGUCCAGCCAGACUCUUUCUUCUUUUUCUUUUUGUUUGUAGUUGGCUCGAGUCUGCGCUCCUAUAGCGUUAAGACCAUACGGCCAUGUGAUGAAAACUUGCUUCUCGUUUUCGUGAUUAUUCGGUUCGAUUCGGUCGGCGAAAAGACGCAUACGUUUAAUUCACUUAUUAUUUGUGCCACUCAGCGAGCAUAAAAAUGGAAAAAACGAUUUAUUGCAAAAACGAAGAGCGAUGCAAAAAAAUUAAAUUUUGCAAAGUGAACGAAAAAAUGAGUGAUUCCGAAUGUGUCAUCCAAAAAAUCCGCGAAGCUUGUGAAAACGACUUGCUUCUGAAAAAGAAAAUCGAAAAUCAAGCCAUCGUGUUACAGAAGCUGAUUCAAAAUCAAAACAUUUUAUGUGACAUCGAAGCAGAGGAAGAAAUAAUCGAUGAAUUGGAAAUAACCUGCAUUGUUCCGUUAGGCGAAAGUCUUCUAUCGUGUUCAACGAUCUACGCUAUCGAUCAAGACGGCUCUCUCAUUGAAACCCAAGAAAAAAUAAGUGAAUGUGUGGAGGAGAAAGAAAAGGAAAACCAAUCAAUCAACAGACAAUUUAAAAAACUGAAAACAAAUGACUUCACUGAAAAAAGAAGCAUAAUUUCAAGCUUCGUUGGAACGCCAACAUCAUUGCCAGAACUGACCCCGGAGUUGGUUCAAAAAGUGAACAACGGAGGAAUGUUACUUGCUCAAAAGUCAUUAACGUAUUUUUGGGCAACUGAUCUUUUGCAUCGCACUAAUGGCAUGCUGAGUAAAAAUGAUUAUUUCAACUACGCAAAAGCCAUUGUUAGUGCUUAUCCAGAGCUCAGCGGCGGAGACCAUGGAUGUGGGAUUGUACGACAUCAGUCAAGUACAAAUGUGCGGAAUCGACGUGCUAAUUCAGAACGAUCUGUAAUGAAAUUUGGCGAAGACAAAUUGAAAAUCGGUCAAAAUAUUCCAACUGUUUUACGAUUCAUAAAGAGCGUCCUGAUGUACAUGGAGUAGAUGCGUUAAAAGAGCUCGAAAGAAAUAUGAAUUCCGCGGUGACACACCGCACGUAUAUACGUCUAUUGCUCAAAGAGUCUGUGAAUUUACGGAAGAAAUGGAUAAAAAUAUUUACACAAAUAUAUUGGAUAUCAUAAAACGGCAAUUUCGUUUAGGUCGACAUUGACGACAAGAUAUUUGCCAUUUUAUUUUACUUUCUAAAAUGUAUUGUACAUAUAAGUAUGAGUAACUUCCCAAAACCGUGCUGAAAUCAUCCGUGUUGAAACAACACACAUUAUCAGUAUUAUAUAAAUUACAAAACGGAAAUUGCCGUGUUGUUCGAAAUUUUACGGCGUAACGUGUUGCUUCAACACGAUUCGUUAAAACAACACACCUGCGAGAUGUAUUGUGUGUUGUUGCAACACGAUUAGUUAAAACAACACACCUGCGAGAUGUGUUGUGCGUUGUUUCAACACACCUAAC